AUUGCACAUACCUUUUUCUAUCUCUAGCUUUUUUCCAUGCAUGAGAGCAGCCAGCCACUAAAUCCAUUAAUACUGUUUCAGCAGUCCUCUUAGAAGCUUCAAGGAGAAGGAACUCUUUCCAGUCCCAUCUACUCAGCCAAACCUGCCAUAGGAAAUAUACAAGACACCACAAAAGAAAAGAAAUAAAACUCCCUCCGCCUUUUUCCUUCUCCGCUCUCUAUCUCUACCCUCCUACUUCUCCCAGCAACUUCUUGUGGAUGUUAUUCUCCACCAUCUCUAAGGCCCAUCAUACUUAAAAAAACAAUAGGGGGAGAAGAAGAAGAAGAAGAAGAAGAAGAAGAAGAAGAAGAAGAAGAAAGAUCAAAGAAGAAAAAACGAUGGUUUUUUCCUCAGUUCCAGUCAAUCUUGAUCCCCCCAACUGGAACCAGCAAGCCCAUCAGCCUCCAAGCGCUAGCGGUGGAGGUGGUGGCGAGGCCCACCAGCUCCCUCCAGUGUUGGCCUCGCCGGGCCCUGAGGUCGGGAUGGCAGCAGGAUCGGCGAGGCCUGGCUCAAUGGCGGAGAGAGCUCGCCUUGCCAAGAUCCCUCAGCCCGAGCCGGCACUCAAGUGCCCGCGCUGCGACUCCACCAACACCAAGUUCUGCUACUUCAACAACUACUCCCUGUCGCAGCCUCGCCACUUCUGCAAGACCUGCCGGCGCUACUGGACACGCGGCGGCGCCCUCCGCAAUGUCCCCGUUGGUGGUGGCUGCCGCCGCAACAAGCGGACCAAGUCUUCCGGAAGUUCCUCCAAGUCCACCACCACUGCUGCCAACGCUGAUCGGCAGGUGGCUGGCACCACAUCCUCGUCCUCCACGGCCACAAGCGGCGGUGGUGCAAUUCUUCCCAACUUCCCCCAGCCAACCCAGUUUCCCUUCAUGUCCUCCUUGCACCCCACUUUGACUGACUAUAGUAGUGCCUCCGAUCUGGGGCUGAGCUUUACUGGGAUCCAGCCCAUCGAGCAGUUGGACUAUCAGGUGGGGAGCAGCUCAAGCAUCGGUCUCGAGCAGUGGAGGCUGCCGCAGAUCCAGCAGUUCCCUUUCCUGGGGGGACUGGAGGCCCCUCCGCCACCACCGCCGCAACCGGUGCCGGGAAUCUUCCCCUUCGAUGGAGAAAGUGGGGGCGAGGGGUUUGCCGGUCAUGUCCUUCCAAAGGUGUCGGGCUCCGGGCUAAUUAGGCAGCUGGCAUCGGUGAAGAUGGAGGACAGCUCUCGGGGGCUCAAUUUGCCGAGACAGUAUUUGGGUGUCCCCGGAAAUGAUCAGUACUGGGGUGGCGGCGGCGGCGGCGGCGGCGGCACCAGCACUGGCAGUGGUGGAGGCGGCGGCGGUGGCGGCGGGUGGAUGGGGGAACUCUCGGGCUUCAACUCAUCUUCUUCGGGCAAUAUCUUGUAAUUCCCGGUUCUCGUCUAAUAGUUCUCGUGGUAACCCUAGCCCCUGGAAGCUUUGUUUUUUUGCAAUAGCUUCGGAGAAGAAAGAAGCACUCGUUCACUACACCCUUCAAUUCGUGUUGAAGGCUGCCGAAGAAGCUAGGAAUGGUAGGUCAGUUUCUUGUUUCUGGGUUAAUAUUGGGCUGGUAUUUAGUUUUCUGUCUACUUUCUUUUUGUACUUUAUAGAGUAGUUACAGAAAAGAGGUGCAUGAGUUUGAUAUCUCUGACAUCAUGAGUUAGUUGUUAGAAAUGAACAUGAGCAAUGUAUGUCACUUAAUCGUCUUGAGCAGCUUCUUGUUAACAUUAAAACUGUCACUACUGCUAUGUGAUGAGAUAUAUUAGAUCUGCUCUUA